AUGAGGGCUGCGGGGCGGGACCCUCUGCCGCGACGGAGUCCAAGAUGGCGGCGUGCGGUUCCGCUGUGUGAAACGAGCGCGGGGCGGCGGGUUAACCAGUUCCGCGGAGAAGACCUCCGACGACCCGCUACAAUGAAGGGAAAAGAGCGCUCCCCAGUCAAGCCGAAACGCUCCCGUGGUGGUGAGGACUCGACUUCCCGCGGGGAGCGGAGCAAGAAGUUAGGGGGCUCUGGUGGCAGCAAUGGGAGCAGCAGCGGAAAGACCGACAGCGGCGGCGGGUCGCGGCGCAGCCUUCAUCUGGACAAGUCCAGCAGCCGAGGUGGUAGCCGCGAGUACGACACCGGUGGGGGCAGCUCCAGUAGCCGCUUGCAUAGUUACAGCUCCCCAAGCACCAAAAAUUCCUCGGGCGGGGGCGAGUCGCGCAGCAGCUCCCGGGGUGGAGGCGGGGAGUCACGUUCCUCUGGGGCCGCCUCUUCAGCUCCUGGCGGCGGGGACGGCGGGGAAUACAAGACGCUGAAGAUAAGCGAGUUGGGGUCCCAGUUGAGUGACGAAGCGGUGGAGGACGGGCUGUUUCACGAGUUCAAACGCUUCGGUGAUGUAAGUGUCAAAAUCAGUCAUCUCUCGGGUUCUGGCAGCGGGGAUGAGCGAGUCGCCUUUGUGAACUUCCGGCGGCCAGAGGACGCGCGGGCGGCCAAGCAUGCCAGAGGCCGCCUGGUGCUCUAUGACCGACCCCUGAAGAUAGAAGCUGUGUAUGUGAGCCGGCGCCGCAGCCGCUCCCCUUUAGACAAAGAUUCUUAUCCUCCAUCAGCCAGUGUGGUCGGGUCCUCUGUAGGUGGUCACCGGCACCCCCCUGGAGGAGGUGGUGGAGGCCAGAGAUCACUUUCCCCUGGUGGCGCAGCCUUGGGAUACAGAGACUACCGGUUGCAGCAGUUGGCUCUUGGCCGCCUGCCCCCUCCACCUCCGCCACCAUUGCCCCGAGACCUGGAGAGGGAGCGAGACUACUCGUUCUAUGAGAGAGUGCGCCCAGCCUACAGUCUUGAGCCAAGGGUGGGAGCUGGAGCAGGUGCUGCUCCUUUCAGAGAGGUGGAUGAGAUCUCACCCGAGGAUGAUCAGCGCGCUAACCGGACGCUUUUCUUGGGCAACCUAGACAUCACUGUGACAGAGAGUGAUCUGAGAAGGGCUUUUGACCGUUUCGGAGUCAUCACAGAAGUAGAUAUCAAGAGGCCUUCUCGGGGCCAGACCAGUACCUAUGGCUUUCUCAAAUUUGAGAACCUAGAUAUGUCUCACCGGGCCAAACUAGCAAUGUCUGGCAAAAUUAUAAUUCGGAAUCCUAUCAAAAUUGGUUAUGGCAAAGCUACACCCACCACCCGCCUCUGGGUAGGUGGCCUGGGUCCUUGGGUGCCCCUUGCUGCCCUGGCACGGGAGUUUGACCGAUUUGGCACCAUACGCACCAUUGACUACCGCAAAGGUGAUAGUUGGGCAUAUAUCCAAUAUGAAAGCCUGGAUGCAGCUCAUGCUGCCUGGACCCAUAUGCGGGGCUUCCCACUUGGUGGCCCAGAUCGUCGCCUUAGAGUAGACUUUGCAGACACAGAACAUCGUUACCAGCAGCAGUAUUUGCAGCCUCUGCCCUUAACUCAUUAUGAACUGGUGACAGAUGCUUUUGGACACCGGGCACCUGACCCUUUGAGGGGUGCUCGGGAUAGGACACCACCCUUACUAUACAGAGAUCGUGAUAGGGAUCUUUAUCCUGACUCUGAUUGGGUGCCACCCCCGCCCCCAGUCCGUGAACGCAGCACUCGGACUGCAGCUACUGCUGUGCCUGCUUAUGAGCCACUGGAUAGCCUGGAUCGCAGGCGGGAUGGCUGGUCCUUGGACCGGGACAGAGGUGAUCGAGAUCUGCCCAGCAGCAGAGACCAACCUAGGAAGCGAAGGCUGCCUGAGGAGAGUGGGGGACGGCAUCUGGAUAGGUCCCCAGAGAGUGACCGUCCACGGAAACGUCAUUGCGCGCCUUCUCCUGACCGCAGUCCAGAAUUGAGCAGUAGCCGGGAUCGCUACAACAGCGACAAUGAUCGAUCUUCCCGUCUUCUCUUGGAAAGGCCCUCUCCAAUCAGAGACCGACGAGGUAGUUUGGAGAAGAGCCAGGGUGACAAGCGAGACCGUAAAAACUCUGCAUCAGCUGAACGGGAUAGGAAGCACCGGACAGCUGCUUCCACUGAGGGAAAAAGCCCUCUGAAAAAAGAAGACCGGUCCGAUGGGAGUGCACCCAGCACCAGCACUGCUUCAUCGAAGCUGAAGUCCCCUUCCCAGAAACAGGAUGGUGGGACAGCCCCUGCAGCGGCAGCCUCUCCCAAACUCUGUUUGGCCUGGCAGGGCAUGCUUCUGUUGAAGAACAGCAACUUUCCUUCCAACAUGCAUCUGUUGCAGGGUGAUCUCCAGGUGGCUAGCAGUCUUCUUGUGGAGGGCUCAACUGGAGGCAAAGUGGCCCAGCUCAAGAUCACUCAGCGUCUUCGUUUGGACCAGCCCAAGUUGGAUGAAGUAACUCGACGCAUCAAAGUGGCAGGGCCCAAUGGUUAUGCUAUUCUUCUGGCUGUGCCUGGAAGUUCUGAUAGCAGGUCCUCCUCUUCCUCAGCCACAUCAGACACUGCCACCUCUACUCAGAGGCCACUUAGGAACCUCGUGUCCUAUUUAAAGCAAAAGCAGGCCGCUGGGGUGAUCAGCCUCCCUGUGGGGGGCAACAAAGACAAGGAAAACACCGGAGUCCUUCAUGCCUUCCCACCCUGUGAGUUCUCCCAGCAGUUCCUGGAUUCCCCUGCCAAGGCACUGGCCAAAUCUGAAGAAGAUUACCUGGUCAUGAUCAUUGUCCGUGCAAAACUGGUGAACAACGGAUGAAGAUACGGAAUUCAAAGCUCUAAUGGACCUUUUUGAAGAGAAGUUGUGGCUUAUGUGGAGUUUACAUGGGCCUCUUGAUGGAAGAAAGCUAAUCUGUUUAGUAUUUGUGCAUUUUACUAAAAUGGCAGCUUAAAGUUGUGUAUCUGCUAUUGUGAUGCCAAUGCCGGUGUUUUAAGUGGAAAAAAAAUGACCUUGCUUUGUGCUGUGUACACAAGAUUUCUGGAAAAGAAAAACCCUUUUUAUGGCUCACACAGCUUAAAAGUAGCUGUCACUCAAACGUGCGCUCACAGUUGAGCUGCUUUUGUUUUAUUCUAAAUAAAUUGUUUCUUUUGAGGAAAAUGUUUUUCUGCCUGGAAGUGAAUUGACGGCAAACCUUUGACCCCUUUGUUUGCAGCUGAGGGGGUACUUGCUGCUGCUCAGAUCUUGUAUGUCUUGAGCAAGAAGCAGGGAGACCAUCAUUUUGACUAUCACAGUGUGUCAAUUCUGAAGGAUCACUAGUGUUACUGUGACCCCCUUUGUUUGCAGUGAAGGGGAUCCUUUGCUUCUCAGUCCUCAAGUUGAUGAGGAAAUGGUGCUGUUUGCUGGCACGCAAGAAGCCGGGGCAAGCACCGUAAGCCUCACCACAGUGCACGAGUCGGGGGCUUUGCUGGUUUGAAGAGCCGGAGUUGCUGAAAUUUAAGUUUUGAUUUAUUUUGUUCACCCAUCACGUUUGGCCUUAGUUUCAUUUUUAAUUUGAAGAAAAGUUUGAAAUUGCUUUAUCUUGCACUUAACAUUUGCACCAAAUUGCCAAAAGAAGGAGAAAUGCUCCGCUUGCUUUUUAAAUGUUAAUGAUGAUGUUAAUAAAGCCUUUCCUGACACAUUUGAGGAGCUCCUCCAUCUUCAGGGGCUUCUUACCAGAGUUAUGCAGUGAUGGGUUUAGUUCUGAAUGGAUGAAGAGUUCCUGAGAGCUAGCGUUUGUAAUUAGAACCGUUACUUGGUAUCUGUGCCUUAUUUGACCUGUGGUUCCACAUGCCUUGGAUGUGCAUGCACCGUGACGGUUUCAUAGGUACGAACGCACACUCAGGCCCAGUCACUUCGGUUGGUAGUACAGAUUGUGAGGAAAAAAUGGAGGCAUCCUUAAGGAGGAAAAAGUGUUUGCCUUUAGUUCCUGCAUUAUCCUGUACAGGGGCUCCUGAGCUUUGGAAGCUGUUUCCAGUACAGGAGAACAACUCCCCUGUUUGCAGCAGGAGACUUCGGUGCACAGUGACAACGCUGGAGUUCAAGAGGAAGCCAGCAGUGCUGCACCAUUGGCUUCAGACACCAUUGUUGUUUGCCAGUUUUAAACUUAACUAGUUGCAGACGAAGACCACCUUGAAAUGCAGGCUUGUUGGGCUUGUUUUGAAUUUUAACCUCGGAUGGAAGAGCCCUAGUGCUGUCUGUCUCCAUGCGGGAUGAUGAUUACUUAGGCAACAGGUGAUUAUCAACAAAGGAUGCCACGCUUAUACUCUGCAAGGUGGUGUUCCAGUGGCAAACAGCUGUAUAAACUCUUGUAAACAGGAACUACUGACAAUCAAAAACCUAUAGCCGACUUUGGGAUAUGGCUUUAUUAUUCAGCAACUAAAAGAUGAGUUCUAAUUGGCAGACUUCUGGCAUUGGCACUUGUCCUUCUGUUUCUGUAGAAACUGGGUUGGAAGUCAGAGCUGCACAAAGGGAAAGGGUAAGUUUCUUUUAAACUCCAUAUUUAUAAACCCAUAUCUUAUUAACUGUGGCGUGGUAUCAGUUUUCACAUAUGGAUAUAAACAUUAGUGAACUAAAACUCAAAUAUGAACUACUGAUUUUUACUUGAGUGGAAACUGACAUCAAGUCAUUAAAUGUAAUAGGAGGGUUUAAAUAUGGAUUUAUUUUUCUCGUGACUCUGACUUCACGUAUCUUGAAGCAGUGAACUCAGUAUGAUAAUUGUCACUUUCAGUUAUGUCUAAUUUUGGGGUGUUGCUUUUUCUCCUCUUAGAUCUUACUCUAUCGUACUUUUCUGGUAAGUGAAAAUUGGGGUAUAAAAUAUGUGCAGAGGACAUUUAAAAAGUCUGCAUGAGUUAUAAGUCUCUUCUGGGGCAAAGUCUGAUUCUUUCCAUUAUAAAACAAGUACUGUACUACUGACUGGUUUUUUAGCUUCUCUCCUCUCUUAGCCAAGCAGGAUGAGGUCGUCUUUUGGGCAUAUGCAUAUGUUCUCAUCCAGGCAGACUACCCAUUAAUCGUAGACCCUAAGACACCUGCCAGUUGGUGAGUCUUCUUAUUACUAUGGCUUCAGAGGACUGUGCUGCACAGCUGGGGCAUUUAGGCUUGAAAUGGUUUAAUCAAGUGUAGUAAACUCCUCUGAUCUACAGGUUGGUGUUUAUAUAAAUAAUUUAUACUGGACUGACUAGCUUUGGGAUAUUGAAGAAAGGUAAUACUAGCUCUUGUUCUUUAAAAAUUAUCUAUCAUUUCCUUGGUCCUGAAAUACUGCUCUUAAGGGAUAGAUUUCUCUUUUCCUUGCUGAAAGAAUGUUGAUGUUGGUUAACACCAACCAAAGAGUGGGACAUCUUGGCUUUAUUUUGGCCCAAAUUAUCAGUUUUAUAAAAAUAAUAUAAAAGUGAAAGUUGAAAUUUUUUAAUUAGGGAAAGUUAAUUCAGUUUGUAAAAUUUCACUUCACAAGUCUUUGGUCAGUUAAUGCUUGAAAGUGAAUUUUCAUUAAAAAUAUAUGCCUCUGUUCCUUAAGUACUACUAUUCAUUUCUGUUUGCUCACUGGAGCUUGAAUGAUAUAAAAAUAAAUUGAAUUUGUGAUUCUUGGUAAACAUAGCUAGGAAGAACUUUAGUUUCUAGCUGCAUGCUGUCACGUAUCCAGAUAUCCAGAUGUGUUUUUACUCCUUAGUAAGGGUGGCCAGCUUGUCCUGGUUUUAAAACUGAGAGUCCCAGGUCCCAGGAACUCCCUAAUUUCCAGGCAAGCCAGACAGUUGGUCACCCUAUCUUAUGCUCUGCAUCCUUGAAACAACAUCACUACGUUGUUGUUGACCAUCAUUUUGGAUAGAAGUAGAUUUUUACGAUAUGUUAGCUUCUGUUGGGACACACCAGAGAGUAAGUUCUUCAUGUUAAAGAAAUGAUUGCCUUAUUUGCCUCAGUGAUCCUAGGUAAUGCUAGCUUCCCUCUCAUAGAAAUAAAACAUGAAUUUUAAACUGAUUUAUUUAAAAGGUGAUUACAAGGACUUUUAUUGUUUUUCAUUUGUGUCUGUAUGUUAAAACCAUGGGUGAUAAAUGUGAGACCUUUAGGAGAUAUUUGUGGUGAAUGAGUAGCCAAAUGAGGCAAAUAUAUAUGUGUAUAUAUAUGUGUAAAGCCUCUUACAAGUUGAUUCUGUUUUAAGAGAAACACUUAAGGUUUUUAAAAAAUAUUGGGCUUUGGUUUUAUAAUGAGGUCCUCAGAGAAACUAGGUUUGGAGUAUGUCUCUUUUAAAAAUUACAUCUAGGGACUUCCUAGGUGGCGCAGUGGUUAAGAAUCUGCCUGCCAGUGCAGGGGACACGGGUUUGAGCCCUGCUCUGGGAAGAUUCCACAUGCCACGGAGCAACUAAGCCCGUGAGUCAAAUUAAAAAAAAAAAAACUACAUCUAAAAUCAAAUAUUAUUACAUGGUGUGUUUUUUUUUUUUCUUUCAUGGAAAAAGCUAAUUUUGUAGUUAGGCAAGUUUAUGUUACUACGGAGCUAGUUUUUUGCAAACAAAUAUAGCAUCACAUAUGUUAAUAUGCCUAGGUUAUUUGAAAAAUAUCACAAAUUAUUUGUCUAUAUAAUUGUUGCUAUUAUUAAAUUUUAAACUCGUAAAGAAUCAUUAAAGAAGAAAAGCCAGGGGCUGUGUUGUUAAUCAGUGUUGUUAAUUAGUUUUCAGAAUUGGUUCUGUUAGGACUAGCUUUGUAAGUUUAGGCAAAUAACUUGGUCUUAAUUUGCUUUUGUUCCUUAGGUAUUAGAUAGGAAUAUUAAUACCUAUCCAUCUUCCUCACAGGAUUGACAUGAUGCUGAUAAGGUAAUAGGUGGGAAAGAACAUCAAAAACUUAGAAGUACUAUAAGGUAGAGUUUUAGUAUUAGAAAUAAUAUUUCAUGAACAAUGUAUAUAGAAAAUUCCUUUUAUGAUGAUGGUAUGGCAUUUUCUUAGAGUAAAAGUGGCAAGAAAUGGUAUCUUAAUAGUUUUAAAUAAUUCAGUGAGUAACUGUGAAGAAAAUAUUACUGAACUUUUAUGUUCAAAUUAUCAUGGCUCUACCAAAUAUAUGUAUUUAUAGAUAAUUCUUAUACUUUAUAAACAUUUCAACUAAUAUUUUAGUAUUAAGGAAUUUUAAGUGGCCCAUACUUAGGCAUUACCUUCUUUGGUCAGGGUUGGUGAAUAUUGGAAGACCUAAAAAAGUUCAUUAUCUUUAACAACUACAUUCUUACUGCAUUAUAGCAGAUGUGUUUUGUGGCUUUAAUUUGUUUUGGUUCUUAGGUAUUUUGCAUCCUCUUUUUCAUUUCAAUCUAGAUGUGAAAAGUUUGUGCCAAUUUCAAUUAGAACAAAUUUAUUAUAACUGCUUACAGUUAAAUUCGCUUUAUAAUCCUGUGGUACUGCCAAGAGGCCAGGGUUGUCUAAAGGGGAAUGUGUAGGGUUUUCUGUCAGUUUGUGUUUGAGUUAUGACUCCUCUACUUACUGGGUGGUUAAUUUCUUUGACCUUAAGUUUAUUCACUUGUAAAAUAGUCAUAAUAUUUUCUUCUAAAGGUUGUGAAGAUUAAAUUAAGAUUAAUGUAAAAUGUCUGCCUCAGUGACUAGUAUGUAUUAGAUGUUGAAAUAAAGUUAUUCACCAGCCUACUUCUCCAAACACAUGCUAAGUCUGCUAUUUGUUUCCUCUUUGUCCCAUGAGAUAUCUUGAGGGGGAAGGAGAUAGAAAAUCAGUGUAUUCUUUUGCUUUUCUUGAAACCCUGUAUAUGUCUGAGAUAGUUAUUUCUAGAUUAUGGUUACUUAGAAGUGUGUUGACAUCUUAUAAUAUUGUUCAAGGGUGGGAGUAAAUGAAUAGGAACAUUUUAAGUUAAUUGUUAAUACAAUGAAUACAUUAGCUGUGAAGUCUUUAGCUUCCUGUAGGCUAGGGAUUUUGUCUUUCUCAGUCCACACCACCCAGGAUUAGAGGGGCUGUUAGCAGCGAGUAACAUGAAGAACUGCUCUGUUGUGUAAGAGUCAUAAAGCCUGUGUAAAUCAGAAUUCGACUUGGAGUUGUUUUCAGGGAUUUCCAGCCUCCAGGGUGUGGACCAUUACCGGUGUGCGGCCUGUUAGGAACUGGGCCACAGAGCAGGAGGUGAGCGGUGGGCAAGCAAGCGAAGCUUCGUCUGUCACUCCCUAUCACUCGCAUUACCACUUGAACCAUCCUCCCCCUCCCCUUGGCCACAUCCGUGGAAAAAUUGUCUUCCACGAAACCGGCCCCUGGUGCCAAAAUUGUUGGGGACCUCUGCUUUCCUUGGUGCUACUUUUACAGUUUUGUUGGGGGAGGGGGGUUGUUGUUUUUGGCUGUAAGGCUCUCGUGAUCUCAGUUCCCUAACCAGGGACUGAACCCUGGCCAUGACAGUGAAAGCCCGGAAUCCUAAGCACUAGGCCACCAGGUAACUCCCUUUAGUUGGUUCUACUUAAAAUGUAUAGUUUGCUUUCAUGGGAGGAAAGAAUCUAGUUGCCCUAGGUAGUUAGUCUUUUGAGAACAAUUCUUGCUCAAAAGGGAAUGGGGGGACAGAUGAGAGUGGUUCCUGGUAAAUCACUGAUUUUCUUAAUCUUGUGUUUUGAUGUAGAAAGAAGAAAGGAAAUUAUCAGCUACUGUGUAUGAAGGGUAUUUUGCUUGAUACAAGUAUAUUUUCAUUUAAUCCUCAUUGUGUAGCUGUGAGGUAGCUUGGUAUCCUCAUUUUAGAGAGGAGGAAAUUGGGACUCGGAGAGGUUGGGUAACUUGAGGGGGGUACUGUUUCUGGUCUAUUCAUAUUGUCUUAUAUCUAAAAUAUAAAAAGAAUGUUAGACAUUUACAUCUAAGUGUAAAAUCUAUACAUUUUAAAUAGGACCAACUACCGUUUUUAAGAUAACCCAGGUUUGAACCCAGGUUAAUUUGGUUUCAGAAUUGAUGCUGGGCCUUGGGAAAUACAACAGCAUCCAUCUUGUUGAUCUUGCAGACUGAUGGAAAAAACUGACAUGUCAGCUCAUAUAGUGCUCUGUUAAAGGUUAGAUGAGAUUCCAGAGGAGAGAAUGACAAUGCUGGCGGAGGUUUUCCAGAGGCCUUUGGUGAGUCAGAUUGUGAAGGAUAAGUGAGACUGUGCCUGGCAGAGAAUGGCAAGCUUUUGGGAUUGUAACUGGCACAGCUUGUACAAAGGCACAUGUGGAGAGUGAGAGGGUAUGGCAUUUUGGAGUUAAAACCAGGCUUUCAGUUUAGGAUUUUUCUCUAUAGGGAAUUAAUAGCUAUUUUAAAGCAAAGAGGAAUGGAAAGAAUAAUAAUAGUAAUAAUAGUCUUAAGGACCAUUCUGAAGGAGAUUGUAGAGGAGAUUGGUAUUGCAGAGAACUCUAGGGUGGUUUUUUUUUUUCCUUUUAAAGUCACCCAGGUAAUGAAGACCUCUCUAUCCACAUGUAAUUGCUUAGUCUGAGUAACAUUGAUUAGGUAACAUAAUUAUUCCAUAUUUAAGAAACAUCUUUUAGUUUAUCUCCUGUUAAGAGCCACCUAUUCAGCUUUCAUAUAAAACUUGUAAAUGUCUAGAUAUUUAACUUGAACAUUUCCAAUAAUUAGAUAUAGUGAAAAAGCAACAUUGUUUUGAUGGGUAGGAGUACUGUUCAAAUGAUCUUGAAGUAAAGGUUUACUUUUUGUGUUUUUUUUUUUUUAGCAGUUUUUAUUUGUUUUUUAUUACAUAGCAAUACAUGUUUAUUAUAGAAAAUUUAAAAAACAAAAUAAUGUAAAGGAAACAAAGAUUAUCUCAAGUUAAGAAGCAAAGGUAAACUGUUUAGGGGGUAUAUGCUAUUCCUGCCACUAAACAAUGUUUCAGUAUUCAUUCAAAUUCCAGAGUUCAGUGGCUCUGUUUAAUACUGCUUUAAAUUAAGGAGAAUGGUUUUCCAUCUUUACAUAUUUUACUGACUUACCAUGGCACAAUUGAGAAUUUGGUUAAUUUAUUAUUACAAUACAUUCUGAUUUUCAUUUACUGUCUAAAGUAACUUCUUCAACUGAUUAAAAUUUUAGCCUGUUUGAUUAAAUACUAACAAAGAGUUUAAGUUGCUAUUACUCUUUUCUUACCACCAGUUAGACAUUCUUCAGAAUGCUAAACCAAAAAGGAACCUUAAAAAACUAUGUGGUUCACCUCAUUUUACAAAUUGAGGGUACUUUUCUUCCAUGCUUUUGCUUCCAGUGACUUUUAGUUUAGAUUUUCUUUUGUUAAGCUCUCACUUGAUUGCAGUCCUCUCUUUUUCUGGUCAGACUGUUUUUCCAUCUCUCAGCCAAUGGUACAAAGAAAAAGGAAGCUGAAGAGAGAAGAUAGCAUGUGCCCGAGAAGUAGAAGGAGCCGGUGUAUGUCUGGGUAUAAUCAUAUAACCAGCCUGUAAGGAAGGAAGGAUUUCUGUUAGUGAUGCAAACCUUUCCGUUAGUUCUCAGCCAUAAACCAUUCCUUGAAGGAAGGAGCCUUUUGUACUUACUAGUCUGUAUUGUGACCCUUUAGAAAGUUAGUCAAGCUGCUUACCUGUUUUAUUUUCUAUUGAUGAAGUUAAAUCAAUUCCAUGUGAGUUAGGGGUUUAAACCUUGGGGAAAAUAAUUGUGGACCCAGAGCCCAUCUCCAGUCUUGUAAUGGAAGUUGGAGAAAAUUAGGGACACAUACGAUUUUACAGUGAAUUUUAUUAGAAGACCACUAUUCUUACAAAGAAAAAAAUUGUGAAUUACUAUUUUCCAAAGAAAAAAGUGAGAACUGAUUAUCAUCUGUCUUUUUCCCUUCACUGAACAAACAUUUGAGUUCUUGCUAUGUCCCCAGCAACGUGCUGGGUGUUGAGGAUAUGAUGAUGAGCCAAAACAGACAGGCUCCUGCCCUUGUAGACCAGCUAGUUCAGUGGGGACUUAGGUAUCAACCACAAAAAGGACACCUGUGGUAGGGGCUGUGAGAGAUGUUUCAGGAGGUUAUGAGAACAAAUGCAAAGGAACUGACUUACUUGGCCAAGAGGGUUAAACAGUGACGGUAAUUCCCCCUGAAAUCAAAGUGCUCUUUUAAAGCAAGAAUUGGGAGGGUCCUCAAAAUCAUUUGGUGAAUGGCACAUACAAGAACUUCUUAAGUGAAAUGUUUUUUGUUUUUUUUAAAAUGUAAGUUUGUGGUGGCACAGAAUAUUUGUGCAAGGCACCAAUGUUUAUACAUUGUUGCAAAAGUCAGCUCUUUGAAAAAGGCAAAUAAUGUCUCAAUAUUAUUAUGAAAAUAGUUUUAGGGGCUCCCUAAAAAGGGCUCAGGACCUUUAGGGGUUCACAGUCUUUUCUAGAUUAUUGUAUGCAUGUUAUGUUUGUAGAUGCAAACUUACAAUAUGGCUUUUAUAAAUUUUUAUAUUUAAAAUCCUAAAAAACCUUAAGUCAAGGCUGUUAUUCUGAUCAUUUAUUUAAAAAAUGUUGGUACUGUAUACCAGCACAGUUCUGGGUACUAGGGAUAUAUCCAUGGACAAAAAUGGAUGAAAAUAUCUUCCUUCACGGAGCUCCCAUUGUGUCUUUUGAUUUUUAUAUCUUGCAACAUGAUUUUUCACUGAAUAUGUAGAGUAUACCUCUUCUUUUUUUUUUCUGUCUGAUUGUGUAUGUCUUUUGUCUCCUGUUCUUUUUUUUUAAAUUUUUUUAAUUUAUUAUUUUUUUUGGGGUACACCAAGUUCAAUCAUCUGUUUUUAUACACAUAUCCCCGUAUUCCCUCCCUUCCUUGACUCCCCCCACCUCGAGUCCCCCCCACCCUCCCCACCCCAGUCCUCUAAGGCAUCUUCCAUCCUCGAGUUGGACUCCCUUUGUUAUACAACAACUUCCCACUAUCUAUUUUACAGUUGGUAGUAUAUAUAUGUCUGUGCUACUCUCUCGCUUCGUCUCAGCUUCCCCUUCACCCCCUGCCCCCUCCCAAACCUCGAGUUCUCCAGUCCAUUCUCUGUAUCUGCUUCCUUGUUCUUGUCACUGAGUUCAUCAGUACCAUUUUUAGAUUCCGUAUAUGUGGGUUAGCAUACAAUAUUUGUGUUUCUCUUCCUGUUCUCUUUAUUCUCUUACUUGGCUCUGAUAGAGACUCUUAAUUUUUGUUUGUUUGCUUCAUUAGCAUUUUGUUUCCUUUUCUUAAUGAAUGAAUGGAAUGUUUAUUUUAAAUUCAGCUAACUUUAAGUUGCUUUUACUUAUUAAUUCCUUGUUUGAUCGGUGACCUCAAUUAAAUAUUUCUUGGAGUUAAGCAAAAUAGUGAAACCAACAGGGACAAAUCUUUGUACUAUGUUGAUUGAUCUUUAGACCUAAGAAACAGGUGACCAGUCUAUCACUUUUUUUUAGAAAUUUCUGUAAAGGAAGAACUGUGGAAAGCAACAGCACCCCCCUCUUAUCCUUUGUCAUUCUUGCCUUAGUCCCUUAGUUAUAGCAAUUUACCAGUAUAUACAUAACCUGUGAAUUAUAAGACAGGGUAUUAGAAAUAAUACUCUGGGAAAAGACUAGAAAUUCUUAGACAAGGAGGUAGAUAGUACUGCUAGAUGGUCAGGAAAGUAAAGUUAAAAACAGUGAAAAUGAGUUGUUGUUUUAUAAAUCCUGGAGGGACUAAAACAGUUUAAGAGAAAACUGCAUGUAAGCCUUUCAUUUCUCUCUCUCUCUCUCUCUCACACACACACACUUAAAGUUAGAAAGUGUUUCAGAAACAUUAAAGAUUAAGAUAUAUUUAGUAUAUAUUCUUACCAGGUCAGGGAAUUAUUUAGCAUGCUUUAGAACUGUUUCCAUGUAUUUCCAUACAAAAGUUUUUUGUUUUUCUUUUAAUUAGUUAAUUUUUUUUUUUUUUUUUUUGGUCACAUCAAGCAGCCUGCAGAAUCUCAGUUCCCCGACCGGGAAUUGAACCUGGGCCCCGGCAGUGAGAGUGCCAAGUCCUAACCACUGGACUGCCAGGGAAUUCCCAAUGCAAAGUUUAAUGAAAUAAUUUGUUUUAAAUCUGUUUCUCCCAUUCAUGCCUGAUAAUUGAGAGAUUAGUAUAUUUAAAAAUUCUGUCUCUAAUUGCCAUUCAGUAGGAUAAUAAUCUGCAGUUGAGUAUUCAGUUUUUUAAGAUGCUAUUUAUGAUAGCAAAUAUGAGGUGAACUGUAAGAUGCAGGACUAUAUUGUAUUAUUAAUUGUCCUAUGAAAAUAUCAGCUUCAUAAUCAAGCUUAAAUUGAAGUGGCUACUAGGUAAGUUAAAAUCAUAGCUUCAUUGCUUUAACCAAACAUCUCUAUUUGGUUGGAAUAAUUAACCUUUCCCCACCACUGAGAGUAAAAGAAGACUGUAUAGGGUAUUCCCUGGCAGUCCAAUGGUUAGGACUCCGAGCUUCCACUGCAGGGAGCACAGGUUUGAUCCCUGGUCGGAGAACCAAGAUCCUGCAUGCUGUGUGGCGUGGCCAAAAAAAAAAAAAAGACGACGACUGUACAUUUGGUCUGAUUUUAUUAGAUCUUUGUACUUUUUUUUAAUAAUAGCAUGAAAUAGCUGUAUACAAAUGCACUUUCAACCCUAAACAGUUUCAGGGUUAUUGUUGGUAGUGCAGAAACCACUGCAUUGUAAUCGUUUUUAAAUGGAAAUACAUAAGUUGAUAUUCCAAAGACUGGGUUUCUUUGUGGUCACAGCAAAUGCAUUGUUAAUGGCAGAGAAUACAAGGAAAGCGUGCAUGGAUCUGAGCCUCUGUUCCAUGCUAGAGAAUGCUGUAUGGAGCCAAUAUUCUGAGGAGCACACUGGCUACUGGUGCAGACUUCCUAAGCUGAAGUCACCUCUAAGCAUUUCCGCAGUGUCUCCAGACGACCUGCAUCAGAUUCACUUAAGAUGCAUGUCAAUUUGUGUAAAUUCAUUGGCUUCCUAAGCAUACUUCCUUCUAGGUGGCACCCGGUUGAUUCUUAUGUACAAUACAAUUGUCCAAAUUGUUUCCUUAUAUCUAUAUCUGUAACCCUUGUUCUGGGCAGGAAUGCCUAAUAAUGUUUCCUGUGAUGAUUUAAAACAACUAAGAGGAUAAGGCUCAGCUUUCUUAAACAGUUUUGCAAACCAGUUUUCUUACAGUCAACGAGGGAUUAGAAUAAUCUUUCAAGUUUGAUGUUUAAUAUAGAAUUCUAAAUUCAUUUUUUUAUAUGUCAGCAUUUUAAAACUACUCUAUAUCAUUUUAUAGGUUAAGCCAUACAUGUUUAAAAAUGAGUUUAACAUCUUGUCUAAAAAGUGUGCAUAUCUCUGAUAUCUCAGAAGUUGCUGUUUAGCUGAGUUAUGAAUCCUUUUCAAUAGGAUUACUACUGUAAGUUUAUUAUUGGUCAUCUUGUUAAGAUUUGAAAUACCCCUAGAAGGACCUUAAUUUCAAAGCUCCUUGAUGGUAGUUUAGAUUAGUUGUUGAGAAUUCUGUAAGUGACUAGCCAGUGCUGAACCAGAGUUCCUAGCUGUUGGGUUGUAGAAUAGUGGCAGACUUGCAAGGUAUACAGAGACAGUGAUCUUCUCCCAUUCCUGGGGUCACUGGAGCUGCCGCCUGGCUGUUAGCAGCUUUGUCAUUUUACUUUGAGUGUGCUGUACAAAUAUUUCCUAUAUGUGCCAUGAAGGGGAAAAUCUUAGGAAACGUGGUUUAGCAAAUAUAAACCUCAGUGCCUUUUAAGACAGGAACUCUCUAGAGGCCCCAUGAUAGAAAUUUGCCAUAAGAUUUACUGGUAGUGCUUUAAGUAUUGGCUCUGUUUUGUAAGUUUUAUUAAGAGGAUUGUGGUCUGUGUUAGGAUUUUGAACCUUGAUUCCUUGGCCUUGCAAAGGAAGUGCUAUCUCCCCUCUCUCCUUUUUUAAACAAUAGAGAGCUAUUUGGAAUUUAUUUUUGAUGUUUCUGUAGGGAUUCGUUAAUCCUAGGGAUGCUGAAUCAAAGUAAAAGUCUAUGGAGUUUGUUGCUUAUAGGGAAAAUAACCACUGGAUAAAUAAAUGAUUUACAUUAUUUUCUUUUGCCUAUUCGGUAUAAUAUAUUCCUCAGGAUUUAAAGGACAGAGAACUUUGUUCUUUCUUCUCACUUGUCCCCCACACCCCCAGUCUUCAAAAUGGAUUUAUAGCAGACCAAAAGGUUGAGUUGUUUGUGCGUUUGUUUUCCAAAUAAAAUUUCAAGCCAUAGAGAAAUUCUCAACUGAUAGGCCAAGGUGACUGAUAAAACUGUAGAAGGCAUGGUUGAUAAAAGCUGGAGUGAGGAUUGGAUGAAAUAUUUGUUUAACUAUAUCUGAAAUGAGGAUGGAAUAGAGAGAUGAAAUGACCUAUCAUUUCACAAGGAGAUGAACUUGUCUGUGUUAAUGGGACAGAGACAAGCUUAGUUGGAUGAAUUUCCAUUUUAGCCAUUGUCUUUUCUUGUAAAACAGAGAUAAAGAGUUAAUGCAAAAUUACCAGUUUUGCUCCAUGGUAUUUCUGAUGAAUUGUGAGGUUGAAAAAUAAUAGCAGGAGAGAGAUGUAUUUCUUCUUUAGGAACUAGUUAACUUUAGCUUAUUCUGGAGUCCAAUCAACUUAUAGCUAUUUAGCAUUAGAAAUAGCUCUCCUUGAAUUUAUUGAAAAAAAUUACUUUUGUGAAAGGCCUGCUUGAUUGAGUGAAGCUUCACUAGAUUUUAAGGUCAUUUUAUCAUACCAAAGCUUAGGAUGCCUUUAUUUAAAGGUAAGAAAAUGGAGACAUGGGUUACAGUGGUUCAACCAAAUUUUCAGUUAAUGAAGUGGAAGAAAAAUGCAAAUUCUAACAAUUCUCAGUUUUAGACAUUCUACACUAAGUCCUAAUGUUAAGCCCUGGCAGUGUAUAUGGCUGACAGAGUGAGUGCUAUGCCAUGAUCCAAUAAGGUAUGAAAGAACAUUGAAUGAAUAACUUUUGUCUUCUUUGUGUCCCAUGUAGCAGCUAGCAGAGUUCUGUGCUAAUAAGUUGCCUAAUAAUUAUUGAAUGAAUACUGUUAUAAUCAAAUAAUUAUUUGUGAAACAAACAAAAACAAAAUAAAUAACCAAACCAAACCAACAUGCAGAUACAGAGAAGAGAGUAGUGGUUAUCAGAGGGGAAGGGGCAGGAGGGAGGGCUAAAUGGAUAAGGGAGAUCAACUGUAUGGAUGGAAAAUAAAUUUUUGGUGGUGAAAACAAAAACAAAACAAUUAUUUAUGGCAUUUUAAGGAAGUUUUCAGAGAUAUUUGUGAUUUAUUUUAUAUAUUAAAAUAUAUAUUAGCAUAAUAUACGCAUUCAUCAGUUGGGAAUGGGGAGGUAUGUGGAAGAGAGAGGAACUACAUUCCAUUUGUUUUAUAGGCAGCUAAUAUGGGCCAUUGAUGGUUUUAUUUUUAAAUGAAACUAAACAGCCCUUAGCAUUUUGAGUUCACAUGUCAAAUGCUUCUGGCACAAGAUUAGGAAUUUCACAUAAGUAACUUAUAUCUGUCUUGUACAUUGGAGAAUAUGAUUAUAUACUUGCUUUUUUUGUCCAAGGUACUAUUUUUGUAUUUAUAUUGCUUUCUGCAGGUAUACUUUUGUUAACAAAGUCUAUUAGAAAUGUCUAUUAAGUUUUUAAAAUAUCAAUAUAUUUUAUUUUUCCACAACCUUCCAAGGCUUCCAUCUUGGUAUCAGUGUUUAGUUCUGGAUUCCAUCUACCAGCAAAAACAGCAUUUGGGUUUGGAUGAACCAUGGCGUUUGGCUUGCACUUGGUUCUACUGACCUCCCUAGGUCAGGAAACCUAGAACAACCCCAAAACUGACCCAGUCUGAAGCAGGCCAUAUAAUUAACUAAAAUUAAGUUUGUUGCUGAGUAUUGGCAAGAAUGGUGGGUAGGGGGCUGUGGGAUGGAGUAGGCAGGGUGAUCGCUUGUGGGGAGUAUGGGGGGUUAAUUUUUAAACUAUUAUUUAUUUCAGUCCCUGUCAGUUUUAGCCAAGAUCUAAUGAAGAAUUUUGUUGCACUAUAUUUCUUAACAUAAUCACCGUUAGAAAAGGUGUAUAAAUAAUUUCUUGCCCAUAUGCUCUUUUUUACAUUUUUUUAAAGAAAAAGAUAACUAAAAAAAUCUCAGUUAUAUGAUUCCUUGGGUUUCCUAUGGUUUUGUUUGUUUGUUUGUUUUUCCUUGAAUUACUAAAAUAUGCUGCAUAGGACUAACUUGUUUUUCUUUUUCAUUUCCAUACAGGAAGGAGAAAUAUUGUUCAUGUACCAUUUUUAACUAAUCUUUUGACUGAGGAUUAUUGUGCAACAUUUUACUGUUUGCUAGAUUCCUCAUUUUAAAUGCCUGUAAUCUUUUAUAGGAAUUUCAACUUUUGUACUUUGGUAAUAACAAAUUUAGGUAAGUAAAAAAUGAGGAUAUCGUACAGUUUGGAAGAUCUAAGUUUGGUUCAGAAGUUAAUAUUUAAUAAUCAGUAAGCCUUUUGAUAAAACUAAAGAUAAUAAUGAUCUGUAAGUUAGUAUUUCUGAUGUUCUUUAGUAGUUGCUGCUGGAGUCAGAAAUUAGGAACAAGUCUAAUGGCCUUUGUAAAACCUUCUUUGUCAUUUCACAGAGCAGUGACCUAUAGGAGCGAGGGCUCUGCUGAAGUCUCCCUUCAACAAGAAGCCUAGCACAACAUUGUAGUCAAUGAGAGAUCAUGGUACAGAGAAAGAAACUUAAUAGAAUUAUAUAUUAAUUACUGUAAUCUUGUUUAAGAUACUCUGAGUAAAAAUCUAUACUUAAGCUUUCAGCAACAGCCUUAUCACUUCCUUUGAGUUUUUUGUAGAACUUAUAAAAUUCAUAAUUGCCUAAAUAAUAUUCUCAGAGUUAGCAGCUAAAAAGUCUACCAUGAGCUCUCUUUUUAACCUCACAUACAGUGCUAGGGUAUCAUGGACAUUGGGUAAUAAAAGGCUUGUAACUUUUCAGUUAGAAAUGUGUUUUACAUCACAUGUUUUCUAUUACAUAGGUGUGUGUGCGUGUGAAAUAACUUUCACAAUAAAGUGAUGCACUCUUGAUUUCUAAUCUGCUCGUGGUCCUUUUUUAUUAAAAAAUUUUAAAAGAUCGUGACCAACAAAUCAGUUUCAAGACCCACAGAUGCAUCUAUAGCUUUUUCCUUUUAAGUAAUUCUCCUCACAAA